CACUAGUUCAGCCACAGAAAACUGACCUCUUAUAUCGUGAUUUUGACCACACUUUUCAAAGCCUAGUUCGGCCUCCUAUUCUCUAUAUUCCAUGGUUUCGGAAUUGUUUAAAGUGCGAACGAUUAGAGACGAUUCGGAUCAAUAGCUACUGGUCGUAUUAUUUCCAUUCAACAUGGGGAUGGGAGGCAGGAGCCACUAACCAAGAAGAAGAAGGAUCAAUAGCUACAUAAAAAAUCUAAUCCAAUCAGCGCGAAGAAACAUCCCACAGUUGCAAAAUAAACGUUCUGCUGAAACCAUUGUAUUACGUUCCAAUUACUGUAAUCGCGGAAUGUCAGUGAUAAUGACAGCCAAGCUUCAAGACGAUAUGAAUAGUAUACCUCUGGCAGAUGAUGAUCCGCAAGUAAUAAUACCAGAAGAGGAAAUCUUGGACAAUGCCUCACAUAUGUCUGAUCCGUUAGGCAGAGGACGCAGCAUGGAUUCUAUACCAUCAACAUUUACUAAUGGCAGCUGUAGUCCUAACAGUUUAGAUCCUGAUAUUAACCCAGACGAGCAAGAAGAGAAAGCUAGAUUGAUUGCACAGGUUCUCGAAUUGCAAAAUACUUUGGAUGAUCUGUCACAGAGAGUGGACAGUGUAAAAGAAGAGAAUCUCAAGCUGAGAAGUGAAAAUCAGGUUCUGAGCCAGUACAUUGAGAAUUUAAUGUCGGCAUCGAGCGUAUUUCAGUCGACAAGUCCCAAUACUAAAAAGAAAAAGACAGAGGACAGCUAGAGAGGACAGAAAGUUUACAUAACGAAUGAAUUAU